AUGGAGGAGUUGGAGGAAGAUGUCAAGUUUAUUGUUGAUGAAACCUUGGAUUUUGGAGGGUCGUCGCCAUCAGACAGCCGGGAGGAGGAAGACAUAGCCACGAUGGUGACCCCAGAGAAGCCCUUUCGCCGUGGCCUGUCCCAUCGCAGUGAUGUGAACGCAGUGGCCCCCACACCCCAGGCUCUUCGACUCAGCUUGGGCCCCCUCAGCCCAGAGAAGCUGGAGGAAAUCCUGAGUGAGGCCAACCGGCUGGCAGCUCAGCUGGAGCAGUGUUCCCUCCAGGAGCCCCAAGGUGCAGGCUCAGUACCCCGAAAGGUGAAGCCCAGCCCACGGCGGGAGACCUUUGUGCUGAAGGACAGUCCUGUCAGGGACCUGCUGCCCACAGUGAGCUCCUCCUCAUCCUCGCGGAGCUCCCCCCACUCCAGCAAUCUGACGCCCCGACUUGGGAGCAGUGAUCGGAAGGGGUCCGCCAGAGCUCUCCGUACAUCUGGGAAGAAGCCGCUGAGCACCAAGCGAGAGUCGCCCACUUGCAAUCUGUUCCCUGCAUCCAAAAGCCCAGCAUCUUCUCCUCUUGCUCGAUCAACGCCUACUCCUCCCAGCCGGGGCCGAGCUGGGCCCAGUGGGCGAGCAGUAGCAAGCUCACUCAAGCCCAUGCAACCCGUUCUGGCCCCUCGGUCUUCCACCAGCAACUCUCAGCAUCUGUCUCGGCCACUGGGCACAGCUAAAACUUCCAGUAGGCUGCCUGUCCCUUCAGCCAUCCCCAGGCCAGCCAAUCGGAUGCCACUGGUCAGUCGGGGUGUCCCACCGAUCAGAGGGGCCCCAACCCCAGAGUCUCUGCCUGCUCGGAGAGGACUUCCCAGAUCCAGUGGCCUGGGGCACAGAGGUGAGGUGGAUUGGACAGGUGGCUAUCAGGUUCCUGUUUCCCAGCGACCAAAUCUUCCAAUUCCUGGUUCCACUCGUAGCAACCUUCAGCCUCUUCGGAAAGGUGCAAUGCCAGCACCUGCCAGGUAA